GUAUAUGGGCGUUGAAUUCUCACACACCACGGCACGAAUCGGUCCAUCCAUCCAGCUGAGCAAUGGUCCCUCCACCCCUUUCCCAUCUACGUCUGUCUGUCGGCCGAGCUAGCUAGAUGUACACUCCCGCACACGGGAAAAUACGUCCGUGGACACAUGAGUGCAUAUGCUGCUGCACUCCUCUGCACACCCUCAAUCAUCUGUGUCCAUGUCCACCACCACCGCAUCCUCUCCUCCUCUCCCCUUGUUGGUGCUCGCCACCGACACCUUGCCCUUGAGCCCCCCCACGCCCCUCAGGCUGCUGCCGUGCCUCCCGCCGCCCCCUUUGCGCUUGGACACAGAUCGGCGGACCAUGCGGUGCUCGCCGUCAGAGUCGUUGCUGCUGGUGUUGUUGAGUUUGGCCAUGAGUGCCUUCAUGUUGGCGGUGCGAUUGCUGGGCGGCUGCGGAAAGUAGGCCAUCGGGCGCAGGGAGCGGGGCUGAUUGAGAAGACAGACAGACAGAAUGCAGGAAGGUGUGUAUGUGGGCAUGUGCAUGGAUGGUGCGGUGGUGUGUUGUCGCGUCAUUCACCUUUGUGCUGGUGUGCGUGUGUGGGGCAGCAGGUGGCGAGUCGAGGUUCAUCAGACGGUGGGGCCUACACAAGCCAACAAAGCACAUACCCAUGCCCAGACACGUACCUACCUACUUACCCACCUACCGUUUGGGCGAGUUCUGGUGGUGCUGUUCUCCGUCGGAGGUGAUGCCGUUGUCCACCCGCACCACCCCGACCACUCCCACAGUGCCGUCGACGUGCAUCGGCUCACCGACAGGCAGAUCGUCACACAGAGCACCCUCACACACACUCCCAACACCUGCAGACAGACAUCCAGACAUACAUGUAGAUGAGCUGACUGAGACAUAUCGGUGUGUCUGUUUGUGCUCUUGCUGCUCUUGCGAUUGGCUGACCAUCUUGCGCCGAUCCCACGUCGGUCAUUUGGUCGUCACCGUCGUCGGUAUCGGGCGUCUUGAGCUUCCCCUCCACACCGUCGGCACCGCUGCACCACAAACCACACACAGAAUGGAUACAUACCUGCCUCUCUGUUCACGGCAAGGCUUACUUGUCCUUCUUGUUGCGAUUCUCUUUCCCUUUCGCUUUGCCCUUGCCCUUCCCCCGUCUGUUCAGCCGGACGCCCCUGCCGGUGUCUCGUGGGGUCUUGCUGAUCGUCCGCUGCAUCACCUCCCGGUAGGUCUCGCCCAGCGGCGGCUCGUCGUCAUAUCCGUCCCGCAUCAUGUCGGUUUGGGGGGGCAUGUCGAUCUGCGGCUGCGGCAGCUCGGCAGCUGAGGGGUCCAAGGGGGGGAGGGAGGGGGAGAUCCGCACUCACCGAGGCCACGAUGGGGCACACAACCGUGACUGACACACAGACAGAGAGAGGGGAGGAGAGAGAGAGAUGGGAUGUCUUCAUGUGCAUGUGUUUUCCAUUUGUGUGCGUCAUCUCUUGCCUGCCUGCCUCCUUCCCUCCCUCUGUGUCUUUUCCUUACUGUCGUCGAUUUUGCCGCCCUGCUGCUUGAAGUUCCUGAGCCGGUGUGGCGGCAACUCCUCCCUGCCUUUGUCACAGAAGGGCGUGCGGAAGAAGGGGCACACACUCGACACGAACGCGGCGUGGCAGAUCUUCUGCGCGUAGUCCGCUGGGCUGCCAGGGGCAGGUGUCUCGAUGUGAUCCAUACGGGCGACAGCGUUGAUGAGAGACGUGACCUCACUCUCGUAGGGGUUGUCAAACACACCGUCGGACGCUGCCAGGAUGACGUCUCCCUCCUGCAGCGGGAUGUCCGCUCGACGGACAAAGCGGUGGAGCCCCUCGAGGGUGCUGGGGGAGACUGCACCGAGACAUACACACACAUACACACACACACACAUUCGCUCACUCACAGAAUUGUGUGCGCGGUGCGUAAAGUGGCUUACAGAGCAUUGGUUCGUCGAGGACUAAGUCAUCGUCCUCAUCGACGUCGUAGACCCUGGCGAUCUGAUAGGGAGUGUUGAACCUGAGUGAGGGCACCACACGCACAUAGGAAUUGUGCCCGCCCCACUGCCCCCAUCCAUCCACUGUUUGUGUGCUGCACGCUCUCUCUCUCUCCCACCGGCUGCAGCCGGCCGGCGAGAGGUAGAUGAGGUUGUAUCAGUCGUCACUGCCGUUGCCACGACGCCACACGCCGAUGAGGGAGUCGCCACACACACACACGCUCAAGAUGUUGGGAUGAACCAACGCGCCAAUCACUGCAUCAAAGAACAGCAGAGAAAAGAACGACAGAGGGCUACGUGUGUGGAUGUGUGGAUGUGUGUGUGUGUGUGUGUGUGUCAUCUACCGGCCAUGGUGGCGCCCUUCUUGUCCGUCGACCGCGUCAGCAUCUGCUCCCACCCUCCCUCCAACACCCUGACGACCACACAGCACACACACAACACACACGCAACACUCCAGGAAUACCUUUUGCAUGAGUGGUUUUCUCGUUUUGUGACUCACUUGAGUGCGCGAUGAGCUGUGUUGCCGUCUAUGUGCUGUGUUUCCGCCAUGCAGUGCUGCGCCAGACACCGAGCAAACGCCUGAGAGUCACACGGACCUCUCACACCACCUAAACACACAAGCAACAAACAACACAUUGCAACACCGACCGGAGCAGCCCCGUUGAUUCAUCUCACAGCCGCCCAUGCAGUUUCUCCCAUCCCCGUGUGUUGGCUGCUUACCGACGCCGUCGAAGACGCCCAGCCCAUCACACCGUGCGAAGAAUGCAUCUUGACGGCUCCCAUAGUCGUUUUUCGAGAGCUGCCGCGCCGCUGUGUUGAAUUGGAGUCGUGUUUUCUUGACGGCGGGCGGCGGCGGCAGGGUGGGCGAUGGGUCUGAGGGCUGGGCUGGCGAACUGGCAUCAAGGUGGUGACGCUGCGCCUCGGAUGAGGACGCGUUCACUGCACACUGUGGCAUUCAGACGGAAGGCUAU